CUUUUGGGCGCUUGGGCGUUUGUUCAGUAUCCAGUCAGGAACCGUCUGCCUUUUCGAUUGCAGUCCUCCUCCUCCUUCGUCUCCCUGGCGCUAUAUUCUGGUCCAGGAGAGGCGUGCGGCCUUGGAAGGCCGUGAGGAAUUGAAGAAGACUCGCACACACUAUAUUGGCAGAUAUGGGUAGGACGUUGCUUAUAAUCAGCCUGACCGUCGGUAUCCUAGCGAACUGCGCAAGUUCGCAAACCUUCGCCGAAAAAUACGAGAUAUGGGCGGCUGAUCUGAAACCCGGGUUUAUGAUCGUGUCUUCCAUAAUAGAUGGACAGAAGUGCUACUGCAAAGUUCCAAAUGUGACAUCAACCCUGCCCCCUACGACUACACCACCUCCAAUAGGCGGUCCGACACCACCACCCCCUCCACCACCAACAACAACACUACCACCUACACCACCACCUCCUCCACCACCAACUCCGCCAUCUUCAACACCGCCACCUUCAACACCGCCACCUUCAACACCGCCACCUUCAACACUGCCACCUACUCCGCCACCUAGUCCACCAUCAACUCCCGGACCUACUCCUCCACCUACUCCACCACCUUCAACACCGCCACCUUCAACACCGCCACCUUCAACACCGCCACCUUCAACACCGCCACCUUCAACACCACCACCUUCAACACCGCCACCUUCAACACCGCCACCUAGUCCACCAUCAACUCCCGGACCUACUCCUCCACCUACUCCACCACCUUCAACACCGCCACCAACUCCGCCACCUACACCUCCACCUACUCCACCACCAACAACACCACCACCUACUCCACCUCCAACUCCACCACCUUCAACACCUCCACCUACACCUCCGCCUACUUCACCACCAACUCCGCCACCAACAACACCACCUCCUACACCACCACCUACUCCACCACCAACAACACCACCACCUACUCCACCUCCUACACCACCACCUACUCCACCACCAACAACACCACCACCUACUCCACCACCUACGCCACCACCAACAACACCACCACCCACUCCACCACCAACACCGCCACCUACUCCACCACCAACAACACCACCACCUACUCCACCACCUACGCCACCACCAACACCACCACCACCCACUCCACCACCAACACCGCCACCUACUCCACCACCACCAACAACACCACCACCAACACCGCCACCUACUCCACCACCAACAACACCACCACCUACUCCGCCACCAACACCGCCACCUACCCCACCACCUACUCCACCACCAACAACACCACCACCUACUCCACCACCUACACCACCACCUACCUCACCACCAACAACACCGCCACCUACUCCACCUCCGACACCACCACCUACUCCCCCUCCGACACCACCACCCACUCCACCACCAACAACACCACCACCUACUCCGCCUCCUACACCACCCACCCAACUCCACCACCAACUCACCACCAACACACCACCACCUACUCCCCCUCCGACACCACCACCCACUCCACCACCAACAACACCACCACCUACUCCGCCUCCUACACCACCACCCACUCCACCACCAACUCUUGCUAACCCCUGCUAUAACUGCAAUAAGACAAUCAUCAUCGACUCAACGAACUACCCAGCUGGCACGAAAUACGAUUACUGGGCAUCGCCAAAUUAUCCUAAUAAUUACCCAGACGGCUGCUAUUGUUGCCUCAACAUUCAGCUGCUUAAGAUAGGUUUCAUCAACAUAGGGUUCAAAAGUGGAGAUGCCAUCCACUCAGUUGGCAACUGUGAUUACGACAAAUUGGAGUUCUUCGGAGACUACUCGACUCUCAUCACGGUGUGUGACAGUGACAUGAGCAUCCACACGAAUUUCUUUACCAACAGUAAUCCCGGAGAUACCAAAGCCGGGUUGAUCUGCUUCACGUCAGACCCAGGCGAUGGCAACACUGUGGCUAAAGGAUUCAACAUAACUAUAGAAAUCCAAACCUUCGUCAAGCGAGACGCCCUACACGACAAAUCCCCUCACAGGGGACUCGCCCUGGGCCAGGUCCUCCCCUCCGACGGCGACAAGAAGGACAAGUAUUCGAACGCCAUCUGGGAUCAGGACUAGAACUGGAGGUCCUUCCUACGCAAAAGCUCUAGAUCCUAUAUUGUGCCUUUCUCCCUUUUUUCUGUGUUCUACCUCUUUUUAUGUCUCUUUCUUCUUCUUCAUGUCUUAGAUUAUUCUUGACGCAUUCUUCUUCUUCUUCUUCUUCUUCUUCUUCUUCAUGUCUUAGAUUAUUCUUGAGGCAUUUUGCCGAGUCGUGACGUCGAGAGAUUUCUAUUGGUAAUGUACGACUUCUGAAAAAAAACAAAAAAAAAACGCUUGAUGGCAACAUCAACAUUAAUUCUUUUCUGUAAUUGAUUGCAAUAAACACACCUGGCAUACAUCUACGGAAACGCAUCAUGCAACAUAACACAUGUAAACAUAAUUCCAGAUAACAAACGGAGACAUAAAUAAUAUAAUUAUGAA